GCGUCGCGCCGCUUAUUUUGCCCGGCCCCAUAAAUUCGAAUCCAAACGCGACCGGCGCUGCUGCUGGCGCCGUGGGUUGAAGGAAACAAAGGAAAAGGCCAACGCCGUAUUCUCUUCCUCGAGUAGAGGAGGAGGCUCAGCUGGCUCGCUAGGGUUUCCUCGGUUCUCGGUGGAGCCGCCGCGCCCCCGGACCCGGUCUGGGCCUCGUUGAUGCCAGGGAGGUGCAGCCGUCGGUGAUUCACCUCUGUUUCUGGCAGUGUGCAUCCCCAUGCCGACCAUCACGCACUACGUGCUGGACCCCUUCCUGGAGACCGGGUCGCCUGCGCAAACCCAGAAGGUCGUGUCCAAGCCGCCGUCUGCGCCUCCGGACAAGGCCUCCGAGAAGCCAAUACCUGUGCCGGUGGCUCCUGUUAGGACGCAGACGUCACCGGUGCUCUACGCCACACCUGAGAGCACGCCUUUGCCGGAUUCGCCCUCCUCAUUUCCGGGAACCUGGUCGCCUUACCUCAUCAAUCAUAAACGACGGGGGGCCUCCCUUGCCAAGACCCUUUCUCAGGGUGAUGUUGGGAGUGAGGGCAGCCAACCGAAGCUCCCUGUGAAACUGCCUGCUUUGCCAAAAAGGAGUGAACCCAUUGAAGUGCAGGAGCCUGAGUUUGUGUUUCAGCAAGCAGGCAAUGGUCAAGCUGAAGGUGACAGUAGUGUUGAGGAGACUUUGAACGGGCAGAAUGGAUUGCUCCAAAAGGGCAAGGGCUCUGUGAAAGCCAAAAAUGAGCUGGAUCAGCUGGAGUUUGAGUUUCAGCAUGGAAGUCUUGAUGCACUAGUGAGGCCUGUCAAUGUUGGAAGGCCUUUGAAUGGUGGGACACCAAGAAAUUGUGAGAGUGAUGCCUUCUUUGAACUUCAGGAAUCACAGAGUGUGGCUAGUAACACCGAGAAUGAUGAUGCUGGUGUGUAUGAGCGGUGGUGGAAGCCCAGUAACCCUCUUGGGACUUCUGUUGGCACACCUGGUGCAGAAUUUUACGAUGCAUUUGAAGAAAUAUCCAGUGAUGGUGGAACUCGAUCUUUGCGAUGCAUGGAUGAUGACCUUUGUGAAAUGAGGUUAAGUCUGUCAAUGGAAAUUGAGAGGAGGAAACAAGCUGAAGAAGCACUUGAGAACUGGCAAAAGGAAUGGAAGAAGCUGAGUCACCACCUAUCACUCAUUGCCUUGUCACUUCCAUCUCCAUGUAUAACUGAGAAUACUGGUGAUUCAAGUAUGGAUCCUGGAGCUGAGUUGUGCCAGCAAAUAACUGUUUCACAACUUGUAUCUGCUGCUAUUGCACGGGGUUUUGCUCGUGCUGAAGUUGAAUCAGAGAUGGAAACCAUGAUUGCAUCAAAAAACUUUGAGAUUGCAAGGCUAUCAGAUAGGGUCCAGUACUAUGAAGCUGCAAACAGGGAGAUGUCUCAAAGGAACCAAGAAGCUAUCGAGAUGUCAAGGCAACAACAGAACAACCGUAAGAAGAGACAGAAGUGGUUCUGGGGUUCAGUUGGGCUUGCAGUCACCCUUGGUGCAACAGCCAUUGCCUGGUCGUACCUACCUUCAUCGCAGCCCCAAGCCAGUGCAGACUCAAAUAGCGCCACCGGUGACUAGAGCUAGGAUGAAGACGUGUCUUCGCCUUUCAGAAGCCUAACAAAGCUCUAACUAUACUUCUAGAGGGGAAAAAAGGUUGUAUAAGUUUUAUCUUUUGGUGAUCGGCUGUGAUCACUACAAUCCUCAUUUAUUACUUCCUCUGUAAAAUUGUCGAAUGGGCCCAUCUCCGUUCAGGAUUGGCGCCAUUCCCUCACCGCAAAUCUCUCUCGUUGCAUAGUUGGUUGAGCAAAUAAUACGAGGAAUGUGGAUAUGGUUAGUAAUCCAUGCCCAGCUCAAGUGGAGUUGAUUUUGUCGACCGCAGUUUUGUUCUGCUCUCUGUUCUUGUUCUCAGACUAGAGAUGAAUCAUGGAAGUUUUGCUGUUGGUUAGUUGUCUCA